AUUCGCUAAAUUCAUUUGCUGUUAGUCGGUUCGUUUGCUGCUGCCAUUUCGUUGUUGGUUGCACUUGUUUCACGAAAUUUCCAAUCAAAUUUAGUUUUUUUCUUUUCUCUGAAUGUGAAUUUUACUUCAACAACUUUAUCAAAUCUUAUAUUUACUGAACGACCAUCUGUUCUCCCAUUCAUCAACUUAACUUAUUGCGCGCUCCCCCCAAACAACAGUUUGACAGCGACCGCGAGCGAAGAGUGUGAAAAACGGGUCAAUACUUUUUUUUCUCCAAAUUGAAAAUAACCUGAAACUGAAACCGAACUGAACUUUUCUACGCAAUUUUUUGUUUAAUAUUCCAUUUUUUUGUUGCCUGUUUUAAAAUAAUUGUAAAACUUUGUGAAUAGAAAAACAAAAUAAAAAAAGAACAGUUUGUUGUCUUUUUUUUCGCAACGUUGUAUUAAAUUUUGAGCAAAAUUCGGCGAGCAGACAUGGCCAAGGACGAAGAAGAUGAAGAUUUGUUGCCUGACAAAGAUGCAGCUAAAGGUUUCUAUGCUAAAUAUGAACCAAAAGAAAUUCUUGGAAGAGGUAUCAGUUCAACAGUGCGAAGAUGUAUUGAAAAAGAAACUGGCAAAGAGUUUGCUGCAAAAAUCAUUGAUCUAGGUGGUGCAACAGAAGCUGGUGAAUCAAAUCCCUUGCACAUGUUAGAAGCCACUAGGCAAGAAAUAUCCAUAUUAAGACAAGUUAUGGGACAUCCAUAUAUAAUUGAUUUACAAGAUGUUUUCGAAUCGGAUGCAUUCGUAUUUUUAGUAUUUGAACUCUGUCCAAAAGGUGAGCUCUUCGAUUACUUAACAACAGUUGUAACGCUAUCAGAAAAAAAGACUAGAACCAUUAUGAGACAAAUCUUCGAAGGAGUCGAAUACAUACAUGGUAAAAAUAUUGUCCAUAGAGACUUAAAGCCAGAAAAUAUUCUGCUGGACGAGAAUCAUAGUGUGAAAAUCACAGAUUUUGGCUUUGCUCGUCAACUGAAAGAAGGCGAAAAAUUAAACGAUCUAUGCGGUACUCCGGGCUAUUUGGCACCAGAGACGCUUAGAUGUAAUAUGUUCGAAGGAUCGCCUGGCUAUUCACAAGAAGUUGAUAUUUGGGCGUGUGGUGUUAUUAUGUUUACCCUGCUUGUUGGAUGUCCUCCUUUUUGGCAUAGAAAACAAAUGGUAAUGCUGCGCAAUAUCAUGGAGGGAAAAUAUAGCUUUACAUCGCCUGAAUGGGCGGACAUAUCAGAAGAUCCAAAGGACCUCAUAAGAAAGUGUCUAGUCGUCGAUCCAUCACAAAGGAUCACAGUCAAGGAAGUAUUAAGACAUCCAUUCUUCAACCAAAUCCUAUUUGAACAAGAUAUCGAUGGAAUUAAACGCAGCCUCUCAUACAAGUCUAGGAGAAUGAGUCGUAUCACGGAAAUUGCACUGAUCUCAAAACCUGAGCCCUCAAUUGGACAUCCUACUAGUUACGAGCAGUUAAAAGAGCAGAGUAUACAAAAUGGAAAUUACACUCUUAAAUUGUAUAUCACCAAAAAGCAUUAUGAUAAUCUUAUAGGUGAAGAAUCACCAGCGUCAAAUCAAAUUCAGAGUACACAGCUCCGAAAACAGAGUCGAUUCAAUGCUAAAAAGAAAUUCCAGUAUGCAAUACUGUGUGUCCGUGCAAUGAUAAGGAUACGAAGGCUUCGUUAUACCUCUGAACCAUUAUGCGUCGAUGAUGCUAUAAGAGAUCCAUAUAGAGUGAAAGUGCUCAGAAAGGUAAUUGAUGGAUGCGCUUUCCGAGUAUAUGGACAUUGGGUCAAGAAGGGCGAAGGUCAAAAUCGGGCCGCCCUAUUUGAGAACACACCACGCACAGAACUUCAUGCACUAUACAUAAACAAUCUUAGUCGAUAGGAGUAAAUUAAAUUCAGUUAAAAAAAAAAAA